UUGAAGGCAUCAAAAUGUCUUCAUGUACAAAUUAUGAAAUUAUGAUUUAAUUUAGAAAUUAUUUUGUGAAUAUUAAAAUAUUAUGCAAAUUGUAGUGUAAAUAUUGUGUUUAUACAUUUCAAAAGGUGUGUUUAUUUUAAAUCGUGUGCGAAUAAUAAAAUUUUACAUUGGCAACAACGGUACAAACGGAAUCAAGAUGAAUGCGACUCCUGUGAUUCUGAACAAGGCUGCUAUGCGUAAAUACGAGGAUCUUGAGAUCCCCUGCGAAGCAGUGCUAUCCAGCUACGUAUGGAUCGAUGGAUCAGGCAUUAAUCUCCGUUCUAAGGACAGGACCUUCGAUUUUGUUCCGAAAACAGUUAAAGAUCUGCCAAUCUGGUACUUUGAUGGCAGCAACACGGCACAAGCUAAAGACGACAAUUCGGACACGUAUAUAUUUCCACAAGUGAUUUACCACGACCCUUUCAGACGCGGAAGCCAUAUUAUGGUGCUGGCUGAUACGUAUUCGUCUAACUACCAACCAACAAACACGAACUACCGCAAGGCCUGCUUAAUACUGUGUGAGAAGGGUGAAGUUGAGGAGCCAUGGUUUGGUUUCAACCAGGAGUUCUUUCUCAUGACGACAGAUGGUCGGCCUCUCGGCUGGCCGCCCGGCGGUUUUCCCGCCCCGCCCGGCCCCUACUACUGCGCCACGGGAGCGAACAAAAUCGUUGCGAGAGAUCUCAUGGAGGCUUUUUAUAGAUGCUGCCUUUAUGCAGGCAUACAAAUCAAUGGUAUAAAUCCGGGGACGACGCCAUCCCAGUGGAAUUUCCAGGUGGGGCCGAGUCCGGGAAUCAAGUCAGCCGAUGAUCUGUGGAUGGCCCGCUACUUGUUGGAGCGAUUAGCAGAGGAAUAUGGUUCCGUGGCUACCUUCGAACCGCAGCCCAUCCCUGAUUGGCCAGGCAAUGGCGCCUUUGUCUACUUCUCUUCGAAAGACAUGAGAGAAGAUGAUGGUAUACUUGUAAUUGAACGCGCUAUUGACAAGUUGGCUCGGCGACACGGGGCUCACAUUAACGAGUAUGAUGCUAACAAUGGAGCCGACAAUGUUCGCCGACUCACCGGCAAGAAUGGCCUGCCGCAUAUCAGAGACUUUACUGCAGGUGUGGCUAACAGGUGCUGUUCUGUGAGAAUACCUCGCCAUGUCUCCGAAGACAAGAAGGGAUACUUGGAAGACCGACGACCCGCCGCCAAUGCUGAUCCUUACAGAGUGAUUUCAAUUAUGCUUAGAACAUGUAUUUUUGACGAGUAAUCAUCAUAUUUUGACGUCCCUGUUAGAUUGUGUAUUGUUUUUACAUUUUAGGCGUGUUCAAAAAGUAAAGUUAAUCUGAACCUGCAUUUUGUUCGUAAUAAAUUUUACCUCUUUA